CUCCUUAACUGGACCCACUUUUUCACUAUUUUCCUCAACUCCUUCCACCUUCUCUUUUCCCUGAUUUUUGCUUACCUUCAAACUCUCACAAUGAAAGAUAACAAAUCUAAGAUAAAACCCUAAUUAUUAAUUCUCACAAAAAAAAGGUUUUCUCUUUUCUCUCUGUCUCUUACAAUCCCAUACAAUUAGCAAUUAAUCAAAAACCCUGAUUUUGAUUAGGUUAAUGUUUCUGUCAUGUUUUUGUAUUGCCUUAUUUUUCGUUUAACCUUAGAAUUUUGACUGGUAUUGUAGUUAAACACCGCUCAUUCAUGUUCUAAACCUUAUUUGUUUCUAUUAAUGUUUUCUUAGUUGUUGAGUACUGCUGAUAACAUUAACACCUAAAGAUAAAAGACAAUGGUGUUGUCUCAUGGGAAUGCACACUCCCACACCGCAAAGAUGGAACAGAUAAUCACUGAAUUUUUUGCGAAAAGCCUUCGCAUAAUACUUGAAUCGAGGGCACUUAACGUGUCUUUGCAUAAUGGUGGAGAUAAAUCAGAUUCAUCACCGUGUUUGUCUUCUUCGCCCUUGCCAAGUGUGAGACCGAGGGAUAAAUGGUUCAAUUCGGCACUCCGGGAGUGUCCUGCGGCGAUGAUGAACAUUAACAAUCUUGAAUGCCUUAUCAUUGAUGUGAUUUUGGUUCAUAGGUCUCUAGAUAGGGACCCCAUGGUCCCCAAAAGGGUUCUUCCUAAGAGUUCUUCAAUGAAAGAAUUAAGGGUUGAGGCAAAGAGUGAAAAGAUUGUCGAGAGAUGGGUUGUGCAGUAUGAGAAUAAGAAGAUACAGGAUUCUAAUUCUGGAAGUAAGAGGUCGAGCAAUUUUUCGCUGCAAAACUUGUAUAAGAAGUUAACUGACAUCUUGAGAUCUUUGUAUGGCAAAGUUAGACUUUUACCUGCCUAUCAAAUUUUCAAGUAUCUUAGUUCGUCCGCAGAGAUUCGUCCCUUUACCCUUGCUCAUAGCGUGUCUUCUUUUGUUGAGCCGUUCACCCUAAAAGAAGAGUCCGAAAUGAUGAAAUAUAGGUUUUCUCCUGUGGAUACUUCUUCUGGUAGGCUCUGCCUUAAAGUGUUGUAUUACCCCUCAGCCGCAAAUUUGUUCCGUAAUCCAUUAUCUUCUCUGUUCCCUCGGGUUAUUCCUGACUAUGUCCGGAGCCCAUUGGCAGAUUCAUCCAGGAAGCUGCCAUCACUUUUGCCAAGGCGGCUUAGUUACAAUUUUGAUGAUUGUAAAGCUUCGUCUACUUCCAUCACUGAUUCAUCUUUGCCUAUAUAUUCAAAAUCACGCAUAUCGGUGUCGAAUUCAAGUUCAUGUAUUCAGAAAAAUGGUACAAGUGUUGAUGAUUGUUGUAAUCCGUCUCCAUCACCUUCAAUCUACCAUAUUCGGUCUUCAUCAUCCACUACAGUUUUACGAUCUGAAAGUGCUCCAGUCAGCAAACCUAAUGCUGCUGAAGCUGUUAAUUCCUCUGGAUACACAGAUAGAAGUACAAAUGUGAUGCAAAGUGGAGCAACUGCUGAGAAGGUGUUUUCUUUAGGAAAAGAUGAACCACAAAAAUGUUAUGGAGAUAGAAUAUCAGCUAACAGCUUGCAGCGUAUUUCGGUUUACAGGAGGUCUCACCGGGAUGAUGUUGAUGGUACUGAAUUUAGUUGUCCAUUUGCUGUGGAUUAUGAUGAUAUGAAGGGUCCAGCAGGCAGAAAAUCCAAUGAUGCUGCUGUGGGUAAGCUUGUAGAUAUACUAAAGAAAGCACAACCUCUCUAUCAAGGUUUUUACCCAUCAGAACAUCCAUCGGAACUCCGCCGCCAGCAAGCAAUUCCUACCUUGAGUGUUAAUCUCACAACUAAACCUAAGGAGAUAUGCAUUCAAGAGGCAUCUAUAACAAGUAGCAAAACAAUAAGCGAUGCAUUGGAUGAGUGUGAUGAUUACAUGGAGAUGAAAAUCUGGUUGGUUAGUAAGCCACAAGUAUAAUAUAGUACAGGUAUAAUAAUGACCUCUAAGUGAACAUAUGAGGGUA